UGGACCACACUGCAGCAGCUUGCCUCCCAGACUCAUGCCCUCCCCGUGGUCAGCCCUGUGCUCCGGCUACGUCCUGUUCUGUUUCUGCAUCCAAACGUCUCCUCGUUUCAUUGUGGUUGAUCUCAGCAGGGUUGCCAUGUUUUCAGGGGAGAGGUGGUUGGGUGUUUGUGGCCUAACAGACGUGGGUGGCAGACGGUUUGUGUGUGAGUCGAAGGGUUAACGGUCCCAUGUGAUUAAUGACGGGGAAGUGCAGCGUCGUCCUGUUACAGCGUGUCAGCCUUAGACCUGCCGUGUCUCCAGGCAGUCAUCAGUUAAACAUCACCAAGCUCUGCAGUUAGCUGCUUUUUAUCUGAGCUCUCAGUUUAAUGUCCUGUAGUCCUGGCUGCUCAGACUAAUAUUUAGACCUCAGCAUAGACAAACUGCAUGACCACUUAGUCUUAUUCUCAGUAAAAGCAGCUUCACGUUCAGCUCAGUAGGACUUUCUACAGUUUUAACCCUCUGAACUCCAAGCAGGUUCGCCUCCUCUUUAAACUGUUCUUAGUUCCACAUCCAGUCCAGUCUGAUCUCCAGUAAAACCACAGCAGAAUAACCUGUAAAUAACCACAACUCCUAGUGGUUCCUAAUGUUCACAUUUAUGGAGUUAUCUUUUUACUAAACAUCAGGAACAACCUGAAAUUUAUGAAGAAAAAUAGAUUCAGUUUCAUCCACAUUCAUCCUCAGUUUAUCAUUUCCUCAUUACAACUUCCAGAUCAGAGUGUCUGCAAAGGAACACAACAUUUAGUCACCUGGAACUGAACCAUGGAGGAUUUACUUUAAAAAACACAAGAAACAAGACAAAAUAUUACAAAAAUUAGCAAAAAAUGAGACAACGUGAAACAAAGCCAAAAAUUUGAUCGAAAAGAAACAAAGCGACAAAAAACGAGACAGAAAAAUGACACAAAACAGCAAAAGCAAGACACAAACGACAGAAAUGACACAAAACAAAAGAGGAAAAAGUUAGACAAAAAAAUUACAAAGCGACAAAAAUGGACAAAAACGACAAACAAUUGACUAAACACAAGCGAGACAAAAAUGAAACGCAGAACGACAAAGAAUGAGACAAAAAAUUAAAGUUGCAAAGCGACCAAACAAAUGGACAAACGAGACAAAAACAAGACGAUUGCAAAAAUAGACACAAAACAGCAAAGAACAACCCAGUAUUUUACUUUCUGAUCCAAACAACUUGUCAUGGUCUAGAAAUGAUUUUAAAUUUAUAGUUUUACUAAUUUACAAUCUGCAGUUAAUGUCUUCUCUGUAGUUUUUACUCUUUGAGGGAUUGGACCCUCUGGAGGACCACUUUUGGACCACGGGCCUCAUGGUGGACAGCCCUGGUCUACUAUAAAAUAAUCUUUAGUCAUUUGUUGCACAUAAACAGAAGAAACUGAGAUUGAGGCUGUAGAACAGUGUUCUAUAAAGGAUGGAUCUACACACUGGAGACGACUCACUGCUUAGAUUUUAGAUGUUUCUGCACUGAGCAGAGCUUAGUUUGUUACAGAAUCUAUUAUUAUUUUAAUGAUUUUAAAAAUAAAACGUAGAGAAAAGUAAUGUUGGAGAAAAGUCCAUGAUGUGAAGCUUAGAAUUGGUAGAUUCUCUCUGCUAAAUGUCUUAAUUUGAGCUGUUCAGUGGUGAGUUUUGGCCUUCAGAGGGUUAAAGUGAAGAUAAACUCAGACAGCCACAUUGAGCAGCCAGUCAGCUUUACCUCCACAUGCAUCACUCCUUCACUCCUCCUGAGCUGUGGAGGCGUGGAGCUUCGGUUAGGAAGCCUGCAUGUAGAGAGAGCUCUUUGUACAAAGUUGUUGUGUAAAUAAAUAUAUUUUUAUUUUACAACUCUCUCUGUAAAAUAGAAAUAUGUUAUCAAGAAAAAUGUGUACCGCAAUACCACAGGCCCAUACUAACUGUCCUUAAUUUCUCUCCUACAGCAGUACUGCUUUGCCAGUCCUGUACUGCACUGUUAAGGUGCAGCAACUCGUCCUGUGUAGGUUAUGGGCAUCACAGAACAGUUUGUCAGGGAACUCUGGCUGCUUGUUGGGGGGCUGUGAGGGAAUCUACAACCCCAAAGGCCUCUUUUUGUUUGGCUUUAAGCUCCAACCACUUAAAUGUCCCACGAUGCCCGCUCCUCUAAAUGUGUGAUAAAUAAUGAGCAGGCCUCUGGUUUUUCUUCACAUUUAUGAGUAAUUUCUUCAUAUUUCCAUUUGAAUGCAUAAGUAAGUAGUCUGUUUUGUUUUACUUGCCUUACUUUGUGUCUGCUAGUGUAAAUAAGUGGGAAUCUGGACCACAGUGUCUGAAGUCUAGUUUUGUGGCUAAGCCCCCAGAAGAUGCUUAGUUCAAUGAACACAGGUGGUAUGCUGUUGUGUGUGAGUUCAAACCCUUUUCCAAAGUGUUACUAAUGGUAAAGAGAAAUUUUCUAGGCUUCUUUUCUGCCGGUUGAAGUCUGACUGCAGAAGGACCCUUGGCACUGAAAGUGGGGCAAAACUCCGGACCCCAAGCUGCAGGUCAGGUCGUACGUGGACGUCAUGUUGGAGCAGAACCUGUCCAAGGAGGAGAGAGAGAUCCGUCAGCAGCUGGUAGAGAAGGCCAAGUCAGGGGACCUGAAAGCUGUCAACGGUUCCGCUGCUUCACAAGCUGCUGUCGCUAAGCGUAAACGCCGCUGGGACCAGACAGCUGACCAAACCCCCUCCAAUGCCACGCCCAAAAAGAUGUCCAGCUGGGACCAAGCUGACGCCUCUGCUGAGACUCCAGGACACACACCUGCUCACACACCUUCAAACAGCCGAUGGGAUGAGACCCCCGGCCGCCCUAAAGGCAGCGAGACCCCCGGGGCCACGCCCAGCAGCCGCAUGUGGGACCCCACCCCCAGCCACACGCCCGCAGGUGCUGCCACACCUGGCAGGGACACACCUGGACACGCCACGCCGGGCCACGGCGGGGCCACGGGCAGCGUCCGCAAGAACCGCUGGGACGAGACCCCCAAAACAGAGAGGGAGACCCCCGGACACGGCAGCGGCUGGGCAGAGACCCCCCGCACAGACCGGGGAGACGAGUCGGUGGGAGAGACUCCCACUCCAGGAGCCAGUAAGAGGAAGUCCAGGUGGGAUGAGACACCUGCCAGCCAGAUGGGGUCCUCAACGCCACUCCUGACCCCCGGGAAGACCCCCAUAGGGACCCCCGCUAUGAACAUGGCCACCCCUACCCCAGGUCACCUGAUGAGCAUGACUCCAGAGCAGCUUCAGGCCUGGAGGUGGGAGCGAGAGAUCGAUGAGAGGAACCGUCCUCUGACAGACGAGGAGCUGGAUGCCAUGUUCCCCGAGGGCUACAAGGUCCUGCCUCCUCCAGCCGGUUACGUACCGAUCCGUACUCCGGCCCGGAAGCUGUCGGCAACGCCCACGCCCAUCGGAGGCAUGACGGGUUUCCACAUGCAGGCCGAGGACCGAACCACCAAGCAGAUGAACGACCAGCCGUCAGGAAACCUGCCCUUCCUGAAGCCUGACGACAUCCAGUACUUUGACAAGCUGCUGGUGGAGGUGGAUGAGUCCACGCUGAGCCCAGAGGAGCAGAAGGAACGCAAGAUCAUGAAGCUGCUGCUGAAGAUCAAGAACGGAACUCCACCUAUGAGGAAGGCCGCUCUGCGUCAGAUCACCGAUAAGGCUCGUGAAUUCGGGGCAGGUCCGCUGUUCAACCAGAUCCUACCGCUGCUCAUGUCACCCACGCUGGAGGACCAGGAGCGCCACCUGCUAGUCAAAGUCAUCGACCGCAUCCUCUACAAGCUGGACGACCUGGUCCGGCCGUACGUUCACAAGAUCCUGGUGGUGAUCGAGCCGCUGCUGAUCGAUGAGGAUUAUUACGCCAGAGUAGAAGGCAGAGAGAUCAUCUCCAACCUGGCUAAGGCGGCUGGUUUGGCCACCAUGAUCUCCACCAUGCGUCCAGAUAUCGACAACAUGGACGAGUACGUCAGAAACACGACGGCCCGAGCCUUCGCCGUGGUGGCCUCGGCCCUCGGCAUCCCGUCCCUGCUGCCCUUCCUCAAAGCCGUGUGCAAGAGCAAGAAGUCGUGGCAGGCCAGACACACCGGCAUCAAGAUCGUGCAGCAGAUCGCCAUCCUGAUGGGCUGCGCUAUCCUGCCUCACCUCCGCAGCCUGGUGGAGAUCAUCGAACACGGUCUGGUGGACGAGCAGCAGAAGGUCAGGACCAUCAGUGCUCUGGCUAUCGCUGCCCUGGCUGAAGCUGCCACGCCGUACGGCAUCGAGUCCUUCGACUCUGUCCUGAAGCCGCUGUGGAAGGGCAUCAGGCAGCACAGAGGAAAGGGUCUGGCUGCCUUCCUCAAAGCUAUCGGUUAUCUGAUCCCUCUGAUGGACGCUGAGUACGCCAACUACUACACCAGGGAGGUGAUGCUGAUCCUCAUCAGAGAGUUCCAGUCUCCUGAUGAGGAGAUGAAGAAGAUCGUACUGAAGGUGGUGAAGCAGUGCUGUGGCACCGAUGGCGUGGAAGCAAACUACAUCAAGACUGAGAUCCUGCCGCCGUUCUUCAAACACUUCUGGCAGCACAGGAUGGCUCUGGACAGACGCAACUACAGACAGCUGGUGGACACCACGGUGGAGCUGGCCAACAAAGUGGGAGCAGCAGAGAUCAUCUCUCGCAUCGUGGACGACCUGAAGGACGAGGCAGAGCAGUACAGGAAGAUGGUGAUGGAGACCAUCGAGAAGAUCAUGGGCAACCUGGGCGCCGCCGACAUCGACCACAAGCUGGAGGAGCAGCUGAUCGACGGCAUCCUGUACGCCUUCCAGGAGCAGACCACCGAGGACUCGGUGAUGCUGAACGGGUUCGGUACCGUGGUGAAUGCCCUCGGGAAGCGAGUCAAGCCCUACCUGCCUCAGAUCUGCGGUACCGUUCUGUGGCGUCUCAACAACAAGUCGGCUAAAGUCCGUCAGCAGGCGGCUGACCUGAUCUCUAGAACCGCCGUGGUGAUGAAGACCUGCCAGGAGGAGAAGCUGAUGGGUCACCUGGGGGUGGUUCUGUACGAGUACCUGGGAGAGGAGUACCCCGAGGUCCUGGGCAGCAUCCUGGGAGCUCUGAAGGCCAUCGUCAACGUCAUCGGAAUGCACAAGAUGACUCCACCAAUCAAAGACCUGCUUCCUCGUCUGACCCCCAUCCUGAAGAACCGACACGAGAAGGUCCAGGAGAACUGCAUCGACCUGGUGGGAAGGAUCGCCGACAGGGGAGCUGAGUACGUGUCUGCCAGGGAGUGGAUGAGGAUUUGUUUUGAGCUGCUGGAGCUGCUGAAGGCUCACAAGAAGGCGAUCCGUAGAGCCACCGUCAACACAUUCGGAUACAUCGCUAAAGCUAUCGGGCCUCACGACGUCUUGGCCACUCUGCUGAACAACCUGAAGGUUCAGGAGCGUCAGAACCGGGUCUGCACCACUGUGGCUAUUGCUAUUGUGGCCGAGACCUGUUCCCCGUUCACGGUGCUGCCGGCCCUCAUGAAUGAGUACCGAGUCCCUGAACUCAACGUCCAGAACGGCGUCCUCAAGUCGCUGUCCUUCCUGUUCGAGUACAUCGGAGAGAUGGGCAAAGACUACAUCUACGCUGUGACACCGCUGCUGGAGGACGCGCUCAUGGACAGAGACCUGGUCCACCGGCAGACGGCCAGUGCUGUGGUCCAGCACAUGUCUCUGGGCGUCUACGGCUUCGGCUGUGAGGACUCUCUGAACCACCUGCUGAACUACGUGUGGCCCAACGUGUUCGAGACGUCGCCUCACGUCAUCCAGGCCGUGAUGGGAGCUCUGGAGGGGCUGAGGGUCGCCAUCGGACCCUGUCGCAUGCUGCAGUACUGCCUCCAGGGUCUGUUCCAUCCAGCCAGGAAGGUGAGGGAUGUCUACUGGAAGAUCUACAACUCCAUCUACAUCGGCUCUCAGGACGCUCUGAUCGCUCACUACCCGCAGGUCUACAACGACGACAAGAACGUGUACGUCCGCUACGAGCUGGAGUACGUCCUGUAAAUACCUGUCAGCACUCAUCUGUCGAUCCGCUGCUCCAUCGUCUCUUUUUAUUUAGCGCCUGAACCUUGUAGAGUCUGUACGUAUUUUUUUAUUUCUGGAUUGAGUCAGACGAGCAUUGAUUUGAGGAGGCGGAACAGUCACGUCACCACGUUUUAAAUAUCUGGAUAAUUUUGUUCGUGUGUAUUGAUUAUUGAUAGGUACCGCCCAACACCUUGUCCAUGUUUCACAGCUCCUAUGUUCUUCUUAGAUCCAUGCUUUAUUUAACCAAAUAAAACGUUUGUGUAUAAAAAUCCA